CGGCAGCUCCGGGAUUGGCGGGCGCUUCCCGACCUCGCGCACUUCUUAGGCAGAGCGGCUGAGCGGAGCCGGCUGCCUGGUCCUCGGCUCAGCUCUCGGCUGCUCCACCGCGUUCGGCUGCCCGGGGUGGGCACCCGGAAGCAUGAAUGCGCCCGCAACUCUGCCCCCCGGGGGCGAGGACACCACCUGGACCCCAGGGAUCAAUGCCAGCCUCGCUCCGGAGGAGGAGGAGGAUGCCGUGCGGUCCGACGGCACGGGGACAGCGGGCAUGGUCACUAUCCAGUGCAUCUAUGCGCUCGUGUGCCUGGUGGGUCUGGUGGGCAACGCCCUGGUCAUCUUCGUGAUCCUACGCUAUGCUAAGAUGAAGACAGCCACCAACAUCUACCUGCUCAACUUGGCCGUCGCCGAUGAGCUCUUUAUGCUCAGCGUGCCAUUCGUGGCCUCGGCGGCCGCCCUGCGUCACUGGCCCUUCGGGGCGGUGCUGUGCCGUGCAGUGCUUAGCGUGGAUGGCCUUAACAUGUUCACCAGUGUCUUCUGCCUCACCGUGCUCAGCGUGGACCGCUAUGUGGCUGUAGUGCACCCUCUGCGUGCCGCCACCUACCGGCGGCCCAGCGUGGCCAAGCUAAUCAACCUGGGAGUGUGGCUAGCAUCCUUGCUGGUCACCCUGCCCAUCGCAGUCUUCGCUGACACCAGGCCGGCUCGCGGGGGUGAGGCCGUGGCGUGCAACCUGCACUGGCCUCACCCAGCCUGGUCUGCCGUCUUCGUGAUCUAUACUUUCUUGUUGGGCUUCCUGCUCCCGGUUCUGGCCAUCGGAUUAUGCUACCUGCUUAUUGUGGGCAAGAUGCGCGCGGUGGCCCUGCGGGCCGGCUGGCAGCAGCGGAGGCGCUCAGAGAAGAAGAUCACGAGGCUCGUGCUGAUGGUGGUGACCGUCUUUGUGCUGUGCUGGAUGCCUUUCUAUGUGGUGCAGCUUCUGAAUCUUUUUGUCACCAGCCUCGAUGCCACCGUCAACCAUGUGUCCCUCAUCCUCAGCUAUGCCAACAGUUGUGCCAACCCUAUUCUCUAUGGCUUCCUCUCUGACAACUUCCGGCGCUCCUUCCAGCGGGUUCUGUGCCUGCGCUGCUGUCUCCUGGAAACGUCUGGAGGUGCCGAGGAAGACCCCCUGGACUACUAUGCCACUGCUCUCAAAAGCAGAGGGGGCGCAGGAUGCAUAUGCCCUCCCCUGCCCUGCCAGCAGGAGCCCAUGCAAGCAGAACCUGGCUGCAAACAAGUCCCUUUCACCAAGACCACUACUUUUUGAAAACUAGUUCACCGUCCCUCAGCCCACCGGCAAGCAGGUCUGCACCACACUCUCAGCCCAGCAAAUUCAAGAACAACUCCUAUUUUCACUAAGCCAGCCCCUUUCAACAGUGUGUGUGCUGUCUCCAGGAGCCUCAGGACUCCUGCUAGCUCCUCUCCUAGGACUGGCUCCAAGGACACCUCUAUGGGGGUAGGAAUUCUCUGGGAAUUGGGCUAGAGUACCAGCCAUUCCCGGACCUCUGGCAAUGUUUUGAGGGAUGGGAAGCAGGAAGUGGUCAGAAAGGGAUAUCUAUCUACUCUUGUGAGACUUGUGACAGUGACUGCUUGGAAGAGCCCUGGGAGGGUGAGGUAGGCAGAGCCUGUGCCCUCUGCAGCCUAAAGCUAUAUGGUAAUGUAUAUGGAGAGGCGGGGGAGAAGAGACGAUGCCUCCAAGUGCUUUCCCUCUGUGUCUGUGUAAGACUCCCGUUGCUAAGUGAGAUGUGUAUGCAAUAGCUGAGUGUGCUUGCUUUGUCGCCCUACAAGUGUCUCCCAGUUGUCAAGGGGCCAGGAGCAGACUUCCUGUGAAUGUGAAAGGUUUUAGGAAACACGUUGUGGGAGUUGUUGCAAAGCAUAAAACUUCUGGUCAGGAAUUAAAAGGUAGAAAGGAUAAAAAUCUCAUCCGCUGCAAUUUUUUCCACCUCUUUCCCUGGCUACGGGAAUACGAAACCUCAUUAAGGCCUGAGUUAUGCCAUGAGGGGGAGGGUGUCAGGAAAAGACCAGAGAACUAGGUGGAGGGGAAACAGACUGUGUUUUGACAUCAGAUGCUGAGCACAGUGAAAGCCGCCCAUGUGCUGGGACGUUAGCCACAGCUCCACUGACCUCUCCCCUGAGGAAGAGUCACAGACAGUAGGAGCUUUACUUUUGCUACAGAAGCGGAGGCUGCAUCUGAGUGAGAAGUGGAGGCUGCAUCUGAGUGAGAAGUGGCUGACCACAGCCCAGAUCAGUACAGCAAAAGAUCCUGCUGAGUUCCACGGAACCACUGUUGGUGGUACUAGGAUAAUAAGCCAAGAGGGGCAGGAGGAAACCCAGCGCUCAGCCAGGCAGUUCCCACAGCUGCCUGGCAGGAGAGAAUGCUCUUUAAAAGAGAAGACCUGGGUCUUUCAUCCUGGAAAAUACAGUUCUGUGUCUUCUAGGAUGAAUUCUAGCUGUUGGAAGGCUAAUGGGGAUCCAGACUGGACCAAAAGGCAGGGAGGGGCCUGAGGGAAUGCCCUGCCACCUUGUGGGUUACAGUGCGUCUCUGGGAGCCUGGGAGAAACAGGAGGUGACCUCUUCUGGGCCACUUGCCCGGAGCCAUGACUUGUGUGACAGUAGCAGCUGGUAUGUGGGAAAUGGACAAGAAAGCUGAAUUCUGGUCCCAGGCACAAAAGCCUUGUAACUCAUUCAGGCCAGGUCUUCAGAAUUCUUGCCUGGAAAAACCAACAGGUCCUUGUAGUUUAGCAACUCUUUUGUUGAUGCUACAUUUUUGUUGUUUUGCUGUUGUUGCUGUUGUUUGAUCUCAUGUAACACCAGCUAGCCAUGAAUUCACAUCCUCAGUAGCUGAGGAUGACAUUUAACUUCUGAUCCUCCUACUUCUACCUCCUGAGUGUUGAAGUUACAGCGUGCAGCGUGAUUCUUACCAAGUUAAUCUUACCCCUCCCCUCUUUUUUUUUUUCUUUUUUUUUUUAAGACUGGAGAUUCCAACUUCUUCACUAACAAUAGAAAAGAGAAAGGCCCAUGUUAAGGGUCUAGACAUGGAACUGUUUGUUGGGUUCUUACCUUCUGAAAUGGUCAGUCAUCUAGCCUGAUAGUGACAGUUAAUGUUGAUCAUGGGUGUCUCAGAUGGUUAUGAAGGAGUAUGUGAAAGCCAUCAGGGUCUGCUAAUCAGAGAACUGCCUAGCCAGGUCUCUUCUAUAUCCAAGGCUAUAGCUAUGGGUUGAAAAUCUCUAAAUCGAGCACUGACCUCUUUGAUUCUACUAGCACGCAUACACACAUGUUCACACACAUGCACAAACCAUUCCUAACUUGUCAUUACCUCCCACAGUCACCCUGAGCACCCAGAGCAAGUUAGUUUCAUGUCUAUGGAUCUUAUGUGUGUAAGAGUAACUUGUUGCAGGUUUUUUAAAUUAAAUUGUUUCUCUGUCCCUGGUGCCUGGCUGAUGAAUGUGCUUGAACUUCAGUAUUGGGAACUUUUGGACUUAGCAGUGGUUGCAGUAGACAAAGGUGUCAGGCUUUUGCCCUAGUUUGAGUGGAUCUGGAGUUCUUGUUUUUAAUCUUUUAAUGACUCACCCAGGCCCCAAGACAUGCUUGUCUGGAAAAAGACUAAUUCUUUUUUUUUUUUUAAUGUAGGCUUUUAACAGGAAUUAAUGGUGCCUGAAGGGCCAAUAGCUUCAAGCUAGAGAAGUCACCAAUGAUAACAGAAAACAUCAGAUUUAGCCAGCCCAUGAACAGAAAUUUCAGCUCCCCAGACUCACUUUCCCACUGUUAAUAUAUGUUCAAAGGGAGGUUUUGAGUUCCUAGCUCUUCUGUUGUGUUUGUGCUACCACAGGAUCUGGACAUGAAUCCCAGCAAAUUUGGACCUUGAAAUCCUUGCCUGAUAGGUUACAUGUGGUGAAUCACUUCCGCUUCUUACUCUCUCAUCCUAAGAACAUGACAGUACAGCCUUAAGUUCUGUGAGCACAGAUGCCAGAAUCCUAAGGCUGUGUGUGCUGAGACAACUCUGUAUUAGUCAGCACCAUGCCCCAAAUUCUGCUCUGUGGGUCCAUGUGCCCCAGGGAGGUUUAUCAGUGACAGUGCAUUAAUGGUUAAUGGUGUCUCAGUGAUGCAACUGGCUUCCAGACACCCUGGUGAGUCUGCACAGUAUGGAACUCGGAAAUAAUUGGCAAAGAUGGCUAUUAACCAGAUAACCAUAGAAACAAAAAGUAUAAUUCAAUUCUAAGUUAAAAUAAUUAUCAUGCCAUGGCUAGACACACAGCAUAAUAGCAGACUGCUUGCUUAACAUGUGCAAGGCCCUGGCUCUUGUAUUUCCGAGAAUACACACACACACACAAUUCAAAGAAGGAAUUUGGCUCCCAUGAGCUAAUACAAUAGAACCUGCCCUUCUCUUACAGCGGGUGUUCCUGGGACACUGAGGAGGAGGAAAAAGGGUAGUUUGGAGGCUUCUGUGUGUGUUAUUAUCCAAAUUGGCCUUUCUUCAGACAUUUUGUUCAGGCAGUGAUUUCUCUUCUUUUAUUUGGAUGAAAGCAUCACUUGCAUAUGAGAAAACUCACCCUUUCCGUGUGUGCAGUUCUAUAACUAUUGAUAAGCAAUUACAAUUCUGAAGUUGACACCCUAGUCAAGAGAGAUCCUCUUUCUAGCCUCCUGGUUUUCUUUGUGAUCAGAGGAGGAUCACAAGGAAGACAGGAAGUAUGUGGAGUUAUGGUGAGGCUCUCCUUAAAUCUUUUCCUCCCUUUAGGCCAGCCCUGGAUUCCUCCCAUUAUCAGGAAGAAGAACUCAGUCCAGAGACCCAGGCAGCUGCCGUCUGCCCUUAAGUUCUAAACCUGGAGGAAGUGUUCUAAACUUCAGAAGCCUUCUGAACAAAGUGGGACUUUGACUAAGUCCCUGGGAAAGUUAUGAAUUCCCUAUGGACUUUGUAACCUUUUGAACACUGGAGAAGGAGUGUGGCUUUCUUCCUGGAAGCACAGGAAGAAUAUUUCUCUAGACUUUGUCUGCAGUCUGCUGCUGCCUGCUAGCUGCUGGCCUGAAGACAGCUUGCACAGGGCUUGUGUCACUCUGUUUCAGCUUCUUAUUUAAGUAGCUUCCUGUGCUUGCCAAGGUCAGGAAACCUGAGUCUGACUCCAGCCCAUCUGACCCCACCUCAAUUUCUCUUGGUGUCAGUGCUAAAUUUCUGCAGAACCCCUUUUAAGGAGGAGGGUGAAAACACUUAUGGCAAUUAAUCAUCUGGAAAGAAUCGCAGGUGUUUGUGGUAUACAGCUGGAAGGAGAGUAGGACAGAGAGUGAGAUCAAAAUAAGCAUGUGAAAGAAACUAGAUGAAUGAGGGAAAGGCUAGUAGCAAUUUCCACCAAAGCUAAGGUGUAACAAAUACACCUCAGGAUGGCCUUCUCUCAAAGUUCCAAUCUUUGAGACAUAAUGUGGGCACCACUGAGUUACUGACCUUUCUCCCAGUUCUGAAUCACUUUCUCCUCUGGAUGUGCUUUCUUCCUUAAUAAACUCUUUCAGCUUCUA